AUGAAACAGAAGAGGGCAAUUAAAGUUGAUAAUGAAAGACUCAAUAAAUUGUAAACAAAAGAAUCUAGUGUAAACUUAGAUUGGCUGCUUAAGUAACCAAAUGUAAAUGAGCUGGAAUCAACAUUGUAAUUUAUAUCCUUUAUAGAUUUACAUAUCGAAAUAGAAAAUUAUGAUAUGUAAGGUGUUUGUCACAUUUUUUGUAACAAUUAGAUAAAAUUGAAAUUCAUUUAAAUAGCUAAUGGUCUAUUAAUUUAUGAAGAAACUAAUUGUGUAGUUUUAAGUGACUGUGUUAUCUAGAAGAAAAAAUUUCAUUGUCAUCAUAAUUAACUAUUUUUGAUAUCUUUAUAAAAUCAAAAAGGAAGACUUAUAUUAAUAUUCUCACAUCCUAUAUCAUAAAAGGAAUGGUAUAAGAUUAUAAAAUUAUCGGCUAAACAAAUUGAUUUUCUUAAAAAAUACAGAAUUUAAGACAAUAUAUGCUUAAACUUUUAUCUAAUUUCCCAUAAAAAAAAGAAGAAAAAAUAUGCAGCUUAAAUUAUAAAUCGAAAAAAUUUUAAACUCUAUGAUUAGUAAGAAGUCAUAAAUAAUUAUGUAAAAAUUUUAAGAAAUAAUAAUAUCUAAAAUGUCUUUCCUAUUAUUAGUAUAUUUGAUGAAAAUGAUAUUCUUUAUUUAUUAACUGAAUAAUUUAUUGGUAGUACUUUUGAAUAAUUGUUAUCUAAUCAUAAAACCUAAAUUAUUCAAUCUGAUUUAGCUUUUAUUAUUUUUUCUGUUCUUUAAAAUUUAAAAAGUUUAUAAGAUGAAGAUCUUUUUCAUGGUAAUAUAAAUUUAGAUAAUAUUAUAAUUGUAAAUAAAUAAAGUUAAGUGGGAGUAUAUGUUAUAAAUCCAAUUUAUAAAGUAUUAUUUUUAUAUUUAACUUAGCUUUAUACAUCAAAAUCUAUUGAUUAUUAUCUUCAUAAUAUUUGUGAUUAUCUUAUUGCUCCUGAAAUUAAUGAAAAUUAAGCUCCAUCAGUUUCUAGUGAUAUUUAUUAAUUAGGAAUCCUUUUGAUGUUAGUCAGUUUUUAUAGUAUGUAAGAUAAUCUUAAUCCUUUAUUUAUUCAAAGAAUAUUAUAAAAUAAAUAAACUUUGAUAUCUUCAUAAGAGAUAAAGUUUCAAUAAUAUCAAAAUUCUGAUUAUCCGUAUCUUUUUAGUGCUUGCUAAUUAGAGUUAAUUAAAUAAAUGACUGAAAAAGAUCCAAAUAAAAGAAUUACAGUUUAAGAUGCAAUAAAACAUGCAUGGUUUAUUAAUACUAAAGAUAAAGUCAAAAUGCAAAAAUAAAAUUUCAAUAAACAUUUACCCAGUCUUAAAACUAUUAUAGAAAUGGUUGAAUAAAGUGAUAAAGAUAUAAAGAGAAAAUCACUUUAAUCAACAAAUUUUAUCCAUUAAAUGGUAUCCAUUUAAAAAUACGAAUUCAGUCCUUAUAGGUAAUAAUAACCAGAAAUUAGUCCUCUUAAAAAGACAUCAGAAAGUUUAACUGAAAUUGUAGAUGAGGAACAUUAAAUAAGUGAUUUAAUUGAUUAGUUGAAUAACAAAUAAUAUCUAAUGUUGCCUUCACAAUAUAAUCAUCUCAAUUAAGCCAAUAAUUAAUUGAGACUCAUCCAAACUGAAAAUAAUAUUGACUAAUCUCAAGUUUGA